CAUCGAUUUGAAAGAAUUUCACCAGUCCUGAGCAAGUCUCAGAGAGAAUACAAGUUGACUUUAUUUUCUUUCUUGUGAGAUUCUUGCUGUUAACAGAGAUGGAGAAUAAACAUCAAAAUCUAAUUAAAGCAAACUACUCCAUAUUGGUGAAGAAGAUGAUGGCAAUUCAAGUUGCGGAACAUCUGUAUGCUUCUAACAUAAUUACCGACGAAAUGAGGCAACAAAUAGAAGCCGAGAAAACCAGUUAUGACCAAAACAGAAAACUGAUUAGUAUCAUUUUACGUAGAGGAUCGAGGGCUUUUAUGGGACUCAGAGUAGCAUUAAUGAAAGCCAAUCAAGCUAAUUUAUCGAGACUCUUAAUGAACAAUGAGGAUGAUACAAAGUCUGAAUACGAAAAAAAAUUAGCCCAGGCAAGAUCGUUGGUCAUUCCUAUCAAAGAAAGACGAGAUUCCAGAAACGAAUCAAAGAAAGCUACACAUCAACAGUCUCAGGAGCCAAGAUGUAGGAUAAGCCUGGACGACCUGAAUGACAUGUUUCUCACCGUCAUGUCUUUCAAGGGAGUGCUUUAUCUGCACAUUCGUCAUCUCGCAGAAUCUCACGGUCGUCUCAUUGCCACCAAGAAAGGAGUUACCUUUACUUUGGCUCGUUGGUUAAAAUUUGAAUCCCUUUUACCAGAUAUCCAAGACUACAUAGACAACGCUGGAAAAGAGGAAGGGGAAGUACAGUGGCAUAUUGGCGGUGGCGUGUUUGUUUCGUUGUCACCAGGUUACCCUACAGUGGAUAUAAGGCACUUUUGGAAGCCCGACGAUGCCUCAGAACCCAUACCGACAAAGAAAGGAGUCACAUUGAACAGAAAUAAAUUAGCAAGACUUACAGAUGCUCUCAACGAGAUACACGAAUGUGUUCCAGAACUACAAGAUACCGAACUCUGCAUGUUCAGCGAUUCUCAUCAGAAUCAGCUUGGGAUGUUAAACUGUCCUGAAUGUACCCCGUUCGGUUACGAUGAUCAAAACAAAAUGUCCAUUGAAUGUAACGUGGGUGAUUUAAAGACCGUCGAAUCAAUUGAGAGUGAUCUUGAUUGA